CAACCAUAAAGUUUAGCCGAUACGGGCGCAGCCUUGUUGCUCUCCCUGAUUUACAAAGUUUUUAAUUGAGGUUAUUUCUUUUCUUUUGUUUUACAAGUGAAAUUGGACUAUCUCACUACUAGGUUUUGAGAAAAUUAGAAAUUUGUCUUGUUUAACUCUUUUACCAAUAAAAAUGUACUUAGGUGAAUGUACAGUGCUCGUGGAGUACCACUAAAGGAAAUCUCUUACACUUUUCAUAGAUGCUAAAUAAUUACCAAAAAUUUUAUAAAUUUUGGGAAUAAUGGAAAGUAUUUAAUGGAUUUGUUCGAUUUUUAGAAGAGUUUUUAAGGUAUUUUGUGUGAUUGUUUUUAUGUGCACAGGUCGCGUUUUGGUAAAAGUGACAAAAAUAGAAUCAUCAGCAUCAUUUGACGACCGGUUAUCCAUUUCCCAGUUACGGUCGUCACUAGCGCUUUAUUACAUCACACUCUAAACCCAAACAGAUGAUUAUUUACACGGAAUUACAAUUAUUAAAUUUUUUACAUUACUGCAUUUUUAGUAUAUAGUAUGUAGUGAACUAUUACAAGCAUUUUAUUGUGAAAUGAACUAAUAUAGAAACGCAACAUGGUCACAACAUGUUUCACUUUCAUCUACGUGCAGUACUGUGCAAUCGUAGGAUGCAUAACAAAAGUUUAACGAUGGAUAUAACUCCAAACUAUUGAGGGUUUCAGAUUGGUGGAAAAUAUGAAGAUGAUUGUAAACGAAAGGAAUAUUUGAAGAGCUUAGUUUUGAAGAGAGUAUGCCACGUCAGGCAAUACGUCCAAUGCCCAAUAAUGUGAAGAAAACCGACACUCAAUCUGUUGGAGGAAUAGUAUCAAAUUCGAAUCGGACGCGUCCCAAAUUAACGAGUCAAAAGAAAAUCCAAAAAUCUGCUGUGCCGAACGAUCGGGGAGACGGUGAACCGAGAAAGGCGGCCCCGAAGGCCAAAGUGGACACGUCCAGGCCGGCGCGGAAGCAGGAUGAAGUCGAGGAGAUUGUAUUUGCGGUCGGUCAGCAAAAACAGAAGAAGCCGAAUAAAAGAAUCACAGGGCGUCAUUAUCAAACGAAACAAAAAACGAAAGAGAUGCUAAACGAAGUCAAUCUUCUCCUAUCGAUGGAGAAGUUCCACACGAACGUAAACACUUCGAAAAGUUAUCUCAGAUCCGUUCAAAAGACUCUGAACAGCAGUUUAAAAAGAAGAGACUUCUCUAAAAACGGACCAGGCAUUGACCCUGAAGUUUUGAAUCUAGUUCACGAACCAAUAAAAAUGACUCAUUUUUACCUGUUAAAUAGGCAAAGUAAAAACGCGAAGGCGAAUUCUCAAGAAUCGCUUACCGAGCUGUCCGAUAAUUCGAUAGAAUACCAAAACAACAUGACUGAUUAUCCAAAAAAGCUCAGCUUACGAACAGAAACGAAAGUGAUAGAAGAUCCCCAAGACAAUUCGAAAGAUGUGGAACGCGAAACCAAUGUUAAAACAUUACUGACUUUUUGGAACGAUAAAUUGUCAAAUAAAGUUGAUAUUUUAUGCACUUGUCUUCAUAAUCCUCAAAAAUGUUUGACUCCUGUCAUCAAGACUAAGAACGUCGUCAAGUUGAGCAGCGACGGCGUGGCCGAAGAACAUACGCUUAAGCCUUCGGACAUUAAAGUCGGCAAAGGUCCGCCUGGUAUCGCUGAACUACUUACUAUGAAUUCGAAAAACAUCAUUCGGAAGAUCAAAUCACAUAAAAACAUAAUUGCCACUAGCGAUAAAGAAAAUUUAUUGCGCACUAUUGCAAAAAAGGACCAAGUCAUUUCACAGCUUCAGCAAAACAAAACAUUCAACAAGAGCAAAAGUAAAGAUACUGUUGAAGCUCGGACCAAAAAAAGUUCAAAUAGCAUCUCAAAAAUUAGUCAAAAAAGUGCUAAAACUAAAAUAAAAAAACACAAUUCCGUUAAGAAAAAUAGCGUUUACAUAGUGGAAGAAUUGAAAAAAGAGACAGUAGCUUCUGCAUCACACUCGUACAUGUAUAUUGUAAAUUAUUUGGUUGAAUACGUAAAAGUUUUUAGAGAAAAACGGACAUCGACGACUAAAGAGGCAUCGGAAAUCUUGGAUGUUUUAGACAUUGGUAAGAAUCAGAAUGGUUUUAGUUUGGGUGACUGUAUACCGUACUCGACAACAACAGAAAAUAACGGAGACGAGUUAACAAUCAGCGUAGGAAAAAUCACUCUCAUCACAGGAAUCAAGGCAGGGAUUUUACUCCCCUUACUUCAAAUCAUGAACAAAACGACCUUGCCAGGUAACCUGUGCAAGCUGAGCAGGGCCGAACUGAAAAAAUUACGCCAGAUAGGAAACCAGCUGGCAACGACGAACUCUUCAUUCAAAGGCAAACUCCUUUAUUAUCUAUUCGACAUAGAAAAAAUCUUCAGUUUUUACAAAGAGUGCGUAAAGGUGGCUUAUCUUAAAGCAAUGUACUAUGUACCGAAAGUUUCACUUUUACAUCGAAUGAAACAUUAUGAAGCGAUGGACAUGAUUUCGUUGCGGAGGCACAGAUUGUACUUCACUGUGACACUUAUCAUAGUCGUAUUCUGCCUGGCGAUGUUGUUUUUGGCCAGUUCAGUUUGAUUUGGCCCGCUGCUUCGCGGUUUUCGAUUUGGUGAGUCUCGCCUUUCGUUUCAAAGGAUGUUUGGCCUUACUCGACUUCGUUUUCUUCGAUGCGUAAUGCAGAUUUUUCGUGGGUUCUUCGCAAUUGCUUUGCGUCAUGUCGAACAUAUAGUCCAAGUUGAUGUCAUAUCUGAAACAGACCAACUGUCGAGUGAAUUUGUCUUGUACAUUUACAAUAAAUAUUUAACACUG